CCGCGCAGAGCGUACAGGACCGGUCGACAGAGAGCUUCGCGUUCCGCUCGGUGAUGUAUCGCCGCUUUUUAGGCUUACGCCGAGUAGCACCUCCGAGACACCGCUCGCGAUUAGCGCGCUCUAGGCCGCGGCGGAUAGGGAAUUAAUUCCAACGGACAGUGUGUGGUGCUGUGGGGGAAGGGAUGAGGGCCGGGUGGAUAAUUCGGGUGGCGAUCUGAGGGCCGAAAUGCUCAAGUUCGGCAGCAAGAGCGACGUUACGGUGGUGCAUCGCGCCACUAUUCGACUUCUCGACGACGCCGAAAUUAUCCACUGCGACUUUCAGCCUCAGCACAAAGGACGAUACAUACUCGAAUAUGUAUGUAAGCAACUCAACAUUUUGGAAACUGACUAUUUCGGACUUCGCUACGUGGACCAUUGUAGACAGAGGCAUUGGCUGGACUUGGCGAAGACGGCGAUCAAACAGGUUAAAGACAUGGAGCCGAUUCUCUUCAGCUUCCGUGUGAAAUUCUACCCCCCGGACCCGCUGCGCCUGAAGGAGGAGAUCACCAGGUACCAGGUGUACCAGCAGCUGAAGAGGGACCUUCUGCACGGCAGGCUCUACUGCAGCCCUGGGGAAGCGGCGCUGCUGGCGGCGUGCAUCGUGCAAAGUGAACUAGGCGAGUACGAUCCGGAGAUCCACGAGGGGAACUACAUCUCGGAGCACAAGCUGCUGCUCAAGCAGACCGAGACGAUCGAGGAGAAGGCCAUGGAGCUGCACCAGACCCAACUUAAAGGCUUCACCCCCGAACAGGCGGAGACCCACUUCCUCAGGUUAGCCUCGCAACUCGAUACCUACGCCGUGGACCCUCACCCCGUUAAGGAUCACAAAGGUACGCAAUUGUAUCUCGGUAUCAACCAUUGUGGAAUCCUGACGUUCCAAGGCUCGAGGAAGACGCAUCACUUCCGCUGGCCGGAAGUGCAAAAGAUCAACUACGAGGGGAAAAUGUUCAUCGUUCAUUUGACCAUCAACGAGAAGAAGCAUACCGUCGGAUUUAAGUGCCCCACGGGCUCGAACUGCCGCCACGUCUGGAGAUGCGCCAUCGAGCAAAUGCUGUUCUUCACCUUGCCCAGGGCAUCGGACGCUCCCGUCGUCAGCGGAGGGUCCAUAUUUUCCUGGGGGACCAAGUUCAAGUACACCGGCAGGACGGAAAGGGAGGUCCUCGAAGAGACGGGUCCACUUCGCAAGGAGGAACCUCCGAUUCAACGCUGCCAGUCGACCGGACUCAGGAGAAAGGCCAGCAGCGUGCCCGCCACCCCCAGCACUCCCAGCCAGGACCUGGUGGAGAUCAGAUACUCGAGCUUGCCAAGGAGUUGCCACAGCGCGGGAUUGGACGGUGCCGGAAUGUCCGAUGGCGGAAGCGGCGUUCCUCUGAGCUCGCCCUACUGUCCGGACAAUACUCUGCCGCUUUUGGAGACCGUAUCCGAGGACCAAGAAAUCCAUGCCAAAAGAAAUAACGCCGUAGACGAAAGUGAUACGCAUGCGAGUGCCACCCACACGACCUCCGUAAGCCAGGGCAAAAAACUGAAUUUCCCAAAGAGCACGUUGAACCGACCGCAACCGUUGUACAGUCAAAAGAUAGUGAUAGGCUCCGAGGAGCUGGCGGGGCGGAACAUCGAUAACGUCGUCAGGCAGAAAUUAAAUUCCCUCGAGAAAAGCCCCAAAGUGGUGAGGUCGACCGCCCUGAUAAUAAAGACCUCGACGGCGCCGGCAAAGUCCAGGUCGAACGGCUCCUUGGCCCCGAGGCCCCGCGAGUCCUUGGAAGGAGUCCCGAGCCCGUCCAUGACCAGGAGCGCGACCUUCGCGGCCUCGAGCUCGAACGGCUUGAAGGUAAGGCAGAUCGACGGCCGACCCGGGUCCUGGGAGGCCGCGAAUCCCGAGGCCAGGAGGCCCGUCAACGGAGCGGUCACGGUAAACCCAAAGACGGGAACCCUCGAGGUGCCAAGGAGCGAAAAGACGCCAGACUUUAGGAACGGAAUCGACUCCCUUUGGAGGCAGCCGAGCCGCUCAGUCGGGCAGAGCGACGGCGACCUCAACGACUACUACUUCAGGGACUCGUUCGACCACUCCUCGUCCGAGAGCCAGCUCCUGGACGCGACCGGGAAGCCCCACAGUCGGUCCACGACGCCGGUCCCGAAGAUGCAGAAGCUGCAGAACUCGAAGCUGUGCCUGCAAGCUCGCCGCGCCGACGUCAGGACUCGCCAGAGGAGUUUGCACGUGAUAAAGCUCCUGAUACCUGCCUUCGUGCUCACCGUAAUCGUACUCUUCGUCGCGAUCGUCAUCGUCUUCGAGACGGACUCCGCGCUGUUCAAUAGUCUGCGAAAGACGCCGGAAAUGGUGGCCUUAAGGAACCAGUACUACGUCCCCAUCAAGGAGUUUCUCAGAACCAAACUUGGCCUAUUUUGAUGACGAGGGCUGGAGCCGAGAUUAUCCUUAAUUACGUAGCUUUUGACGCCAGUGCCAAGUUACCGAAGAGUAAGCCGGGCGCGACUCGGAGGAGUCCCUCGAGAGGAGUCCCGUCCGGGCUCCGAGGACGACGGGACCCCCGAAAAUGCCCCCAGGGAUCGUUCGCGAGAUCGACGGACCGUCGUUUACUCGCCUCGUCUCGUUUCGAUUCUCGGCGCCCAAGGUCGGGGCUCCAUUUCGUCUCGGACCUCGAAACCCGCGACGAAGAUGGUUCUCCUGGGACCCGAGUCUCGAGUUCAUCCACCUUUCGCAUGCGAAAUUGACAGUUUCGUGUACGACUUUCAAAUGUUGACCCGUCGUGACAGUGCGACAUCUUUUAUGCGAAUCUAUUCGUAUGCGAGAAAGAUCCGCGUGAACUCGAGAAUCGGGCUCCAGCUCCUCGCGGUCGAAGAGUCCUGACCGAUCUCCCUUUCGAGACUGGAAGCGUCCUUGAUUUAUUCAAUCUCUACGUUUGUAUUAUUCCGAGCUGGACGCGUUUAUUCGGCUCUUCGAUCAAGAAUUGACAGGAAUUAAUCGAUAGCUCCGAUUGGCGACGAAUGCGUAUCCGUCUCGUUGAUCGUAUCGGGUACGGUCGGAUUUGGCCUCGGCCAAGCUCUGGAUUAUCGCGAUCGAUAAUAACGUAGAAAUCGCCCUUCUCCGUACGUCGAUCGCAUAAUGUCGCAGGUUUUGAAAGGGUAAUGCGAUCGAUCUCUGGAUAGGCUCAGGAUCCUUCGAUCGCGAAUCGCGGAUGAACCAGACGUCGCUUCAUAUUUAGAGAACCGAGACGAUGACGCCAAGAGGCGCUGUUCGUCUCGUGGAAAGAAAUAGAUUAUCGCGCCGUGAGAUCGCCGAGUUUCUUGUCUUAUCACGGUAUCGUUUAAAUGUAACGGAGCAACGUGCUCCGCGGUCGGUGCUGCUGCAUAAUUCGAGGUAAAAGCGUUCGGUACGUUCUGCUCUCGGGAUCGCGAUCUUCGAUCCGUUGCGCCAUCAAUUCCGUUUCGGCUCUUCGACGAAGUCGAUGUACCUGACGCGAUAACGACCGGUGAUUCCAUUGCGCAAGUGUCGGGUCGUCGAGCGAGCGAGAGGUCUUCCUCCUGGUACAUAUCCCCGUGACUUGAUUUUUUCCUUUUAUUAUCGAGAUAAAGAGGAAAGCUGGAAUUAUUUUCUUUUGGUACUUUGGACCGAGCUUCGGUGUAACGCGGCCUCCUUGUAAACCGCUUCGCGAGACACACCUGACAAUCGAAAACAGACAAUUAAAACGGUUGGCGAAAUUAAUCGUUGGACGAAGGGAGGCGCGCGAUCCGUUUAAGGUGUAUAGGACAUUGAAACAUUUCUUGUAAUCUUGUAUCGCGGGGUGUAGUAGUAAUAAAAGUGUCACGAUGUACCUAGCCUUCGGCUCGCUCGAUCGGCCAAAGUCGGCGCGAUGCAAACGAAGCACCCUCGUUUUUCGCAUCUUGUCGUCAAAGCACAUUAUCUGGUAUUUCCUUCGUUUAACGCAAGGUUACUCCGCGUAUGCUUUCGCGUAGGUACUAGACGAAGCGAAAGAAAUGUCCUGCAUCUCGUAAGCGGCCGUACUCGUAAUCGUUAAGGGCCGCGUGACUUACAUACGGUAGCAACGUUGUCCGAGGAUGAGUUAUCGCGAUUUCGAAAUUGUCGGGACUCGUGAUACCGGAUGGCCUAUCGCAUUUACUAAGAAAAGAAGGGGAAAGAUUGAAAAGAAAGAGACGCGAAAAGAGAACUGCUUUCUCGAACGAGACUUCCUUCAGCGUAACGUACGUACGAAAUAAACAAAGUAAAAUAUUUUAACAUGAACAUAACACAGAUGAUAUGUAAUAUAUUCCUAGAGAUAUAACUAUAGCGACGUUAGGUAAUUUUAACGGUCAACGAAAAGCAAUUCUAUGGUAGCAGGUAGGGUUAAUUCCGUUGAGGCGCGUCCAAGAUGGACUGCGGCGAGCGCUUGUUUACCGAUCUUUUUUAUCUGGUCAAUCGGCAGCGACAAUUGAUCUCGUUUUUGACAUCGACGAAUACGCGGUCUUCUUAUUUUUCGACGACGCACUCGCGACAUUCGCGCUCUUCUCAUCCUGCAUUCAUACAUACGGAUUCGAAGGUGAAGCGGAAUCGGGUCUCGACCAAAGUCGUGGGCUCUUAUCAUCGCCCUCCGAUUACGUUUAACGUCGCUUAUCUUUUCACCUGGCAAUAAUGUCCAAUUAAUGUCCCGAUUUUCCGGCGUUGGAAUUAAUUGAACCGUGUACGAGGAGUGCUCGAUCGUUUCGCGUAUCUCUAUCGUUUUCUAAUUUUUUUCAAAUUCACGCUGAAGCAGAUUUGACAGAAAAUCACACAGGGCGAAUCUCUCCUCGCUACAAUGAACGUUUCUCUUCUCAUCGUCCGAGACCAACGAGCGAAAGAAACGAAAGAAACCAGCAUUCCCUUCUCGUUGAUCUCGUUCACUACUCUCACCCGUUUCCUGAAAGUGCCUACGCUAUUCUAGAAUCCUUUGAUGCCGCGUUUCGCUAAGUUUUCGGCAGAUCGUAUUAUCGUCGUUAAAUUCGUUCAAUGUCCGCCCUAAGCUGAACGAAAUUGGGGUAGGUCCGAAAGCGCGUUCGUCACGUCGCGCGCGACGUCCUUCCGACUCGGAUUUUUUCCUGGGGGAUUCCUCGCGUCUUGCCGGGAGUCCUCUCGGACUCCGUUUCGUUUCCAAAACCGUCAUUGACGCGUAACGGAGAUUAGCAUAAUCGGAAGUCCCCAGAGGAGAUCCGAUCGCGCGGUGUCCACGACUCGCGAGGACCGGCGAAGGGCGCCUGCAGUUGCCGGAAAAUUGUAUAAAUAAACGGAUGUCAAUUGCAAUAUAAUGUAACUUAGGAUAUAUAGGAACGAAGGAAAUUAAUUGUAAUUAGCGGGAGGUGCAGCGGACUCGGGGUGGGGCGAGGGCGAGGAAUCGAUCACCUCCACCUCGGGUCCGGCCCGUUGCGAUGGAUCGGUCGCUGCAAUAGUUUUAGCGCGUCUUAUUCGUCGGUGUACGCGGCCAAUGCUAACGAGAAAUGUCGGAGGUAACGCGAGUUUAGGGGUAGUCGUAAGCUUGAGCUCUAAUUUGCGCGAAAAUCGCCCUUUCUCGUCGUACCGGUGACUUCAUCCGUUGUUCUUAGGCUUUGCGAUGUCUUCGAGUCGACUUUUCCCGGCGCCAUCUUGCCUGGGCUCUCCGUAAGCGGCAUCGUUUAGAAGCUAAAGCGUAACCGAGAGAUUUCAGUUGCUAAUUAAGGAUGUUAUUGAGGCUUCCAGCUUGUCCGUUGUCGAGUGGCAUUCGCGUGUCCCUUGACUUUUGUCGCGUGGCCCUGGGUUGCUUUUCGGGGGACCGUUUGCUUCACGCGCUUGACAAUAAUCGUCGACUUCGCUCGGUCCUGGAAUUAACUUCGACCCGACCGUCGGUGGCCGAGCCUCAAUCGCGUCGCUUAAUUGGAAGCGUAGUCAAUUUACUUUGGUGUGAUAGAAGUAACUUAGUACAAAGAGAUUGGUCAGCGUAACGUAUCAUCCGACUAGAGGAGAAGCGAGAAAAGACGCAGGUCGAGGGGAGAGACGGAAGGAGAGCGAACGCUGGGUGAUGGAAAAGUAACAAAGAUUUUACUUUAGUUGUAACGCUUCUAGCUUACAUAUCAUGGAGAUAGAGAGGUUCCUUUUUCCGCUCGGGAGAGUACGCGUAUACUUAUAUAUAUAUACAUAAAAAUAUAUACAUAUAUUAUAUAUUUUGUUCGAAGCGCGUUGCCGUCGCGGCGAGCGUCGGAGUAAUCAUGCCAAGAAAACGACACUGGAAACAAUCAAUUAUUUUCGACAGUAAUUAUAUUUCUUCGAGCACCGGUCAUUCUACACCUUCAUUCGACCGUUCGGUGGUUCCGAUUGGCUUUCGAGGGCGAACUUCGUGACGAAAUUAAAGCGAGGCGAAGCUAAGUACCCGCGAUCAAAACCUUUGGUAAUCCUCUCGGACUUUUCUAUGCUUGCCCUAGUGACCUAGUCAUACGUUUUCCUGCAUUUUCCUCAGGAGAGAACGCUUACGCGGUCGUUUCUCCAGUGCCACCGGCGAACGUUCUCGGAAAAGAACAAGAAUGGUCGAUAAUUGCGUCUCGUCGGGAGACACUCACGUUACGUGUAAUCGAAUUAAGGCAGGCAUUACGAUCUACCGGAAGCAGCAGCGCGAUAGACCUGAAUUUCGUGUUCAUUUUUUAAACGAGGAAGGUCGUCGACUCGACGGUGAAGGGGAUGGCCGGUCGAAAGGAUUUGCUUGAAACGGCGUCCAGUCGAAUCCGAGGUCGUUUCCUGAAGACCUCUUUUUGAUUUCGUGCCAAAAUUUCGGAGCGAAUAACGUCACGUCCCGAUGCGACCAAGGCCGGGGUUCUUGCUUUUUGUGCGCGCAAAAAUGGUACCACGGUCCCGAAAAGGCGGAUGUUUUUUUCUUUCUACUCCAAUCGGAGAAGGUUUACGAGAAAUUGGCUAAUGUUGCCAAUAGCUAAUUGCAACGUCCUCAGGGCGAAGACUUCGGCCGAUCGCUCGACGAUCCUUCCUCGAUGCGCUCCGCCUUGUCAAAGAUCAAUGCUGUAUGAUCAAGAUAAUUUUGCACUUUUCCAAAAACGAUUCGGCGUAUGUAUUCAUUCUCAAGGAGACCUUUUAUAUCAAAAGUGCGAUCGGGUGCAACCGCGGUAAUGGACCGGUCAAACGAUCAAUGAGGACAUCCCGGUGUUCCGUUGCUCGUCCGAUCGGGAUUGUACGUUCCCGUUUAUAGACGAAUAAAUGACGACUAUUCGGUCAAGUGAGUGAGUCGUGCGAUCACCGUAUUGUAAGAGGACUGGCAUUAAUAAAUGAAGAAAGUAAUCUUUUUCAACGCUACGCCUAUACUUUUUCAUUGAUCGCAAGCUCCCUCCGAGAUCCUGACUAGAGUCGAUCAUUUUCUUUCUCGAGCUCUUCAGUGUCAAAAAUAAUUUUCUACACGCAGGGAUCGCCCAAAUUGUUCCUUAUAUGCGCUGCAAAAAAAUGACGAUGUCGCGUUACGAUAAAAUUAACGAGCCUCGGAAAGAAAAUCAAACGUACCUCGACAUCCGUCACGAAUAAGAUUAACAACGUUAAUUCCCUCUAUACGUACCCGGAACUAGUUGCACCGAAAUUGAAUUUCAAUCAUUAUGUCAGUAAGUCGUGACGUCGAUAAGUGAAAACUUUUAAAAAGGUCCCAGAUUUUAUGCUCGAGUACUUUCUCUACGAAGGUCAUAGGAAUCAUACGGGUUUGAGAAGCUGAAGAAUGAAGUACCGAGAGGUGCUGGUACUGGCCUUGUUGUGUCUUUGGGUGGUUUCCGCUUUGCCGGUUGUUCCUUCGGGUGCAAGUGGUCCUAACCCUGACCCCGAAGCAAGUGGAGAUACAAAUGCCGACGAAAAUCCUCAAGAGAGUGAUACCGUCGUCCCUGCGAAAUCCGACUUGAACGACAACCUGGCACCAGAGAAUCAACCUGCGAAUGAACACGUACCUGUGGAACCUCAACCCGCACCUGGGGAAUUUCAAUCUACACCUGCGGAACCUCAACCUGUAGGAAACGACGUGGCCAAGUCAAAAAAUUCUGAAGCUCCUGCGCAAGUUGAAAAGCCUUUAGAUCCAAAACCCGUGGAAAGCCCGAAAAGCUCUGAAGCUAUUCCUGUACUUCCGGUUGAAACGACGCCGCAACCAGAAUCAGAGACUCUCCCGAAAAACGGGGAAAAAAUAAAAGCUUCCGAAAUUGUGGCUACGCAGGCUGAUGUAUCAAAUCGAGCAGGUGAUGUUCCGCAGGAAACGGUAACGAGAAACCCGCAAUUGACGGCAGAACGACUUAUAAGCAACGACUCGUCAGGGAAUAGUGAGCAAGAUUAUCACCGAACGACACAACUCGACGAAACGAAUCAACGAUUAGUACGCCGGGCCGAAAGUUUGAGUAAACUCUUGAGAAAACUCGCCGAAAGUGCUGAUACGUUAUAUGACGAUCUUGCCGUAAAAAGCGCGUCUGAAGAGGAAGACGCGGAUGACGAUGAUUCCUACUCUGAUUAUCCCGAUUAUCCCGAUUAUCCCGAUUAUCUAGAUCGUUCAUCCGAAGGCUACAUUGAUGACUAUAUCGAAUAACAGUGACGAACGGUGAUCGCAUUUGAUAGAUUCGUAAUUCGAGCACUAACAUUUUGUUAUUUCAUUUUUUAAUAUCCCGAGGAAAUAGUAUAUUUUAUCUGGCUAAUUAAUUAAUAAUUGUACAGUUUCGUUUACAAAUGCCUGCAGAAUAGUCGGAAUAAAAAGUAUAAGCUUUUGUUGGA